CUUCGGCUGCGAGGAGAGAGCCCAGGCAUGCCUGCAUCGGCGCCCCCCGCCGUCGCAGCGGCAGAGGCCGGCCAGCCGCACUCCGGCACGUACCUCAAACAUCAGCCGGAGUCCGAGGAGCAGGGCCAGCCGCUGUGGGAGCGCGUGGACGAGGCGAUCGGUCGCCUGGCGACCACCAUGAAGGGACGCCGCAUCGUCAUCAUCGUGCUGCUCGUGCUCCUGCUCGCCGUCUGCCUGGCGCUCAUCGGAGCCUUCGCUGUGCCCAGAAACAGGCGCCACAAUUACGAAGGCGCCCUCUACCUGACUCCCCAUGUCCAAAGCGACGAGACCACCGAUGUCCGGCAGCUCAGUGUGGUGUCCAUGUUCUCCAACAAGGAGACCGGAACUGAAGCCCACGCAGGCCUGGUUACCGUCAACGAGACACUUCGGAGUCACCUCUUCUUCCUGCACGUGCAGGCCAGGAAAAACCACUUAGAAGCCCCCCUGCUGCUCUGGCUCCAAGGAGGCCCCGGCAGUUCCUCGCUCUUCGGUUACUUCCUCGAAAACGGGCCCGUCGCCAUCGACGCACACGGCAAGCUGUACCCCCGGGAGUACACGCUGUGCGAGUACACGAACGUCAUUUAUCUGGACCAGCCCGUGGGGGCCGGGUUCAGCCGGACCGACGAUCUCAAGGGCUACCCGACGACCUUGGAAGAGAUGGCCCAAGACAUCCACGUUUUCCUGGCGCAGUUCUUCAAGCUGUUCCCGGAGUACAAGGGUCGUGAUUUCUACGUUGCUGGCGAGUCCUACGGAGCUAGGGCCGCAGCAGCAAUAGCCAUCCGACUGCACUCGAACCCGGACCUCCCAGUAAACCUGCGAGGCGUCAUCAGCGGCGUCGGUUUUCUUGGGCCCGUCACGGACCUGCUGGACUUGUCCGACUACUACCACCAGCUGAGCUUGCUCGACCACCAGGGCUGGCAGGCGUACACCACUCGACUGGAAACCAUCAGGCAGAUGGUAGCCGGAAACCGCACCGUGCAGGCACUGCAGCUCCUAUUCAAAACCGCGUUCGUCUCAACGGGCGAAGGGAGCGCCCCGACCAUGUUCCAGAGGAUGACCGGCUACUCCUACGACGGUAACGCGCUGCAGAGCGUCGAACCGGCCGAGUUCGCGGCUUACCGAGACUACGUUGCCAGCGAAGUCUUCAAAGACGCAGUGCACGUGGGUCGCAAUGCUGAGUUCCUGCGCGAGCCCCUCAUCAACCAGCAGCUCAGCGAGGACUACUUCAGGAACGUCACGGACAUCGUGAGCACGCUCAUGGACAACUACAGGUUCCUGGCGUACGCGGGUCAGCUUGACCCGAUCUUCUCGGCGGCUCGCAUCGAGGAGUACUACAGGAGCGUCGAGUGGAGUCGGGCCGACCAGUUCCGGCACGGCCGUCGCCUGCCCUUUUACGCGGGACCACAGGAGGAAGGACUGUCAGGGUACGUGACGUCGGCGGGCGACUUCUCGUUCGUGGUGGUCGCUCGAGCGGGACACUACCCGGGUUUCGACCAGCCCAGGGCCGUUGACGAAGUGAUGCGACGCUUCCUGAUGAACAACCUGACGGCGCGGCACGCAUGAGCAUCACGAACCGUUCUGGCGAAUGAAGUGUCUUUAGAUAGCGUGAUGCACACGGGCCGAGCAGUGACAGCAGUGGUCCGGCUGUGUCGUGGACGUUUAAGUUUGACUGGACGCGUAUGUCAGAAAUCGCUUCAACGACCGAGAUUGAAAGUUAUCGAAGUAGAUCCUUGGUUCUGACCAGUACACUCCCUCAAGUGCGGAAGUGUUUCCGCGAUCGACUGAGUUCGCCCUCUUAGAAGGAAUGAGCGGCGACAACCGUCCGUCCGAGCAACAGUGGCGGCGCAAAAGGAGGGUAGCACGGGUGGGCUGUCAAAACUCUCGCCUGCCCCCCAAGAGCAAUCAUAGUCAAAACACAAGGCAUAAGUUCUGUGUUUUCCUUCCCACAUGAAGAAACACCGUUGUCAUCGGUCCCCCCCCCCCCCCCCCAACCCGGAAAAAAAAUCCUUGGCGCCACCCCUUUUGAGCAACCUACGAACCUGGAAAGCUUUUGCCCAUGUUACCUGCUCUGGAUCGAGUGCGUACGCGGUGAUGUGCCAAAGGUUAUCAAGUCAUGGAUACGAGCACACUAUGAAAGACAGGCUGUUGCAAAGUGCUCGCGCAUCUCGUCAAGACUGCCACGAGCAUUGUUUGAGGCCAACUAAGCUGUUGUCUCGUGGCAGUCAACCUGCCUUCGUUGUGGCGUUUUGUUUCUUCUUAAGAG